GGGAGGGAGGACAGAGCUACGUCAGAGGGCGGACUCCUGUGGACCUGCCUCCCUUUCUGAUAAACAAGGGCUAGAACCGAAACCUCUCGGAGACCGCAAUCCUGCGCUCAGGACCUGCUCUGCCUGCCUGCUCUCUGGCUGAGCGCGCCCAGACGCACUGAGCACCCGUCUCCUGCGCCACACGGACAGCACCCUCUCCCCGGCUCAGGAGCACCGCAGGCACUAUGGCAGGUGCCCAGGGGGCGGGAGAGCUGCGCAUGGUGCUGCUGGGCAUCACGGGCUCGGGCCGGAGCAGCUCGGGGAACACGCUGCUGGGCGGGCCGGAGUUCCGCUCGGAGGCCAGCCGCGAGUCGGUGACGCACGACUGCGAGCGCCGGUCCGGCCGCGCCCACGGCCGGCUGCUCACGCUGGUGGACACGCCGGGCCUGCUGCACACACAGAUGGGGGAGCAGGCGCUGCUGGCCGAGGUGGGCCGCAGCCUGGCGCUGUGCGCGCCGGGGCCCCACGCCCUGCUGCUGCUGGUGGGCCUGGACGAGCGCUACGGGCCAGAGGAGAAGGCGGCGCUGGAGGCGGCGCGCGGCCUGUUCGGGGCGCGCGGCCCCGCCUACACGCUGGUGCUCUUCACCAAGGCGGACGAGCUGGAGGGCAGGCCCGUGGAGGAGUUCUUCGGCGAGGACGAGUACCUGGCCCGGCUGGUGGAGCAGUGCGGCGGCCGCUACCACGUCUUCGACAACGGCGCCGCCGGCGACCCGGCCCAGGUGCCCCGGCUGCUGGACAAGGUCGAGAGCAUGGCCCAGCGCAACCGGCUGGAGCACGGCUGCGAGUUCUACACCCGCGGACCGGACCCGGACCGGGACCGGGACCCGGCACCGGCCAGGAAGAAGCAGUGCACCUGCUCGUGAGGCGGGCCCCCCGGGGUCCGCGCCCCGAACUGAGCACUUUGAAACGCAGUCCGUUUUGGAGGUUGUUGUGUGUCAACACUGUGGAAAUAAACAAAUCUAUAUUUCUGAACUGAA